AUGGGCCGCAAUCCACAAGACCUUGUUGGUAGUGGUGCAAAUAAAGAUGACACGGCAUCCUCAAAUUUCAAGAAUAUACUGCACGUCGCCUGCUUUCCGAAUUUGAUUGAACCUCGUGAACAUACCCCUUCAGAUAUAUAUUGCCGUAUUCUAUCGAUGGCAGGGAAUGGGUUUCCCUUUUGGCCAGGCUCUACUCCAAUCCUACGAGAGCCGUAUACUCGGCGAACGAUUGAGGUUGGAGAUGUCGGAUAUAUAAACCAGAUGGGCAACUUCGAAUUCGCAUUCAAUCUUUUCCUCCCCUCUGAUGAUCCCUUGAACCAAUUCAACCGAAACAAACUUCCAGAAGGGUAUGUCCCAUUAGAUCCUCCUUAUGAGUCUGAAAUCUCCAGGAUACCAGGUUACUAUCCGCCUGGAUCUGUCAUUGCGACCAAAGGCAUUGACGUUCAUCGACUAGGUGAAAACCCUCUUCACCUCAAAUUUACUUCUUCGGAGCCAGAGGUGGCCGUCCUUGUCCUCCCUGAUGGUGCCAGAAGAGAAGAUUUAGCAACGUCCCGUGUACAGGAAUAUUUGAAGAAACACGCUGAAAACUGGAUACAAUUCUUCACCGAAGAAAAUGUUUUUCGUGCAAUUCCGAAUGGUGGUAUAUAUGUUAUUACUGGCAUUGACAAAGCAGUAUCAUACUCAGCAUCUACCUUUCCUGGACGAGGUUAUGUGGGCAACAGACGCAUAUCUUUUGAAUAUGAACACAAAUUUCGGCAACUCGGCCGCAAAACGGGUAUCGCCUCAUACAACUGGAAAACUUCUGAGCGUGAUACCGAAGAACGAUGUUUAUUUUUUCGUGGAAUACGGAUAGGACUCUCACACCCAGAGUGGAACCUGCGAAUUGACGAAGUGCACCCCGAUUCCACUCCCGUCUCGGUGUUGCCCCAAGCUCCUCCCAUCUCGGACCAAAUUCUGCCUGCAAAACAGGACGGCAAACCUAUUCAACCUGGCAGCGACAACUAUAGUAAAGGACUGGAUAUCGAUAGCCAUGACAAAGAAAAUCAGGAUAUCGAUAGCCAUGACGAAGAAAAUCAAGAUAUCGAUAGCGAUGACGAAGAAAAUCAGAAUAUCGAUAGCGAUGACGAAGAAAUUCAGGAUACCGAAAUCCAUGACGAAGAAAAUCAGGAUAUCGAUAGCGAUGACGAAGAAAAUCAGGAUAUCGAUAGUGAUGACGAAGAAAUUCAGGAUCCCGUUGUGGAUCCCAUUGUCAAAGUCCAGAAUAUAAUGCUUUCUCAGGGCUCCUUGUAUCAGUACCCUGAUGCCAAAGUUGCUCUUGUUGAUGACUACAUAUGGUCGAACGCGAUAAAGCAUUCCCGAAAAUCCGACGAUCCGUUGACUUUUAAAUGUUCCCAAGGAGCCUUCGUUGCGGAUUGGGGAUCCCUAUUGGAAAACAUCUUCAAGUCACAUGAAAUUGUUGAGAAAGAUGAUUUGGUUGCUUCGCAAUAUAUGGAGCCGACUGAGGCCAAAGCGACUUGCAGUGGAACCAGCUUGGGCAUCAAAUCUCAUCCUGGAUUUGAUUCGUCAGGGUGA